AAUAAAGUUUUUGUUAUUACAGAGGAUCACCAUUGCUUAGAUUAACAUUCUUUCAUUAUUCCCUUCUUUCAGGAGUUUUUCCACCAAGCAUACUGUACUUUCACGACCAGAGAGUAUAUAAUCAAGAUGCUGUAGAUUUGUUCUGUAACAUCUCGGCUCAUCCAGCUCCAACUGUACAAUGGUAUAAAGGCAAUUCCUCCCUGGAAGGCAAAAUUGAAGAGCUGGAUAGAUGGGUGUCCUGUGACCGUCUGGUGCAAGCUUUCUAUCGUGUUAAAGGUGAUGUUGGUAAACUCCGUAUUUGUGAUCCUCAGAAUGCUCUUCAUACCGGCUUUUACACCUGCGUUGCUGUCAAUAGGAGAGGAGAGAGUAAUGCCACUGCCUUUCUGGAUGUUCUGGCGGAUCCUGUGAUUUUCAGCCCAAAAAUGGACUCUCAAACUCAGUCCGUUAAGCUUGGACAAUCCUGGAACAUAAGUUGUCAGGCCGGAGGAAAUCCAACACCAACAGUGGAAUGGAAGAGAAAGAAUGGAAACAAAUCGAUGACCCGUAGAGAGCGCGGUAAAAGCGGUGUUGUCUUGUCUAUUGAUUCUGUGGUUGAGGACGACCUGGGAAUCUAUUUUUGUGUGGCAGCUAAUUCAAAGAAUGUGGCGUAUGCGUAUGUGGAACUAGUGUCAGGUGCUUUACCAUCUGAGCCACCUCCACAAGGUCUAAAACCAGAGAUCGUCAUUGGUGUGGUCGGAGGUGUUCUGUUUAUUUUUAUCAUUUUUGGUGUUGUCUGUGGCGUCUUCUUUCAUCUUCAGCGAAAGCAAAUUAAAGAAUACCGCAGUCAGUUUUUCCCGUACGUUAAUGAGCGACUUCAGGUUGAUCCCAGUCGCACACUCCAUGAACAGUGUGAUAAUCUAGCGUACGACCCAGAUUGGGAAUUCCCAGAGGAGAGGCUGAUUCUUGGGGAGGUGCUGGGGUCCGGAGCCUUCGGGCAGGUCAUCAAAGCAGAGGCUGUUGGGAUAACGGACUUUCAUCCUCGCGAUAAAAGCGCCGAGAAAGUGCGGCGACGCUCCAAAAUGCUUCGCCGAUCCAGCAGUAGCAGAAUGUACCAGGAUUCUAAAGGACUACCUUAUAUGAAGACUACUGUAGCUGUGAAGACACUCAAAGCGGGAGCCACGAUAGCAGAGUACAAAGACCUUGCUUCAGAGUUGAAGAUCCUGAUCCACGUUGGAGAACACAAGAAUAUUGUGAACCUCCUGGGAGCUUGUACAAAGGGAGAUCGACUGCUUAUUAUCAUGGAAUUUGCGCCGCAUGGAAACCUCUCGAAGUUUUUGCGAGGAAAACGAGAUAUUUACGAGCCGACUUGGGGAACUUCGACAAACAACCCCGAUGUUGAACUUACCAUCAGCAACUUGGUAGUUUACGCCUAUCAGAUUGCUCGUGGGAUGGAGUUUUUGGCAUCUAAGAAGUGUAUUCACAGAGACCUGGCGACCAGGAACGUCCUUGUUGGAGAGGAAUAUGCCAUAAAGGUCGCCGACUUUGGUCUCGCUAGAGACGUUUACAAGAGCGACAUGUACGUGAAGGCAACAAAUGCCGGUGUGCUACCUGUCAAGUGGAUGGCAUUAGAAUCUUUGUUUGACAGGGUUUACACAGAAAAAAGCGAUGUUUGGUCGUUUGGUGUUUGCUUGUGGGAGAUCUUUACGCUGGGCGGUGCUCCAUACCCUGGCUUACCCACAGAACAGCUACUGGACUUCCUAAGUGAAGGCCAUCGCAUGGAACAGCCUCAUAAAUGCCCUCUCGACAUGUACACUAUUAUGCGGGACUGCUGGGAACAGAAUCCCGAUAUACGACCUACAUUUGCGCAGCUCAGUGAACGAAUUGGCAGGAUAAUUGAAUUACACGCGUCUAAGCAAACUUCAUCGGCUUACGUCACAUUCCCAGAAGAUAGAAAUACUCCAAGGCAUGCCUACUACUUGGAUCCAGUCGACUCAGCCGGAUCCGCGCUGCCGCUAACAGGCUAUGCUGGUAUAAACAGACAAUUGAGUGAGGAUAUCGGGAACAGUCCCCUCCCUGCGUUACCGCGUGACGCAAAAGCAGAGCAGGACAUGGAACCGCACGAACGACAAAGAAUGCUGGGACCUACAGCCAAUGGAAGCCUGUCCGGCAACGAGAGUGGAAUAGGACUUGAGGAAGGUUACGAGGACGCGCCUGCUGUAACGGAACUCAGACCACUACGGGGUGUCUCGAGAUUCGCGCCCAGCCUGACAGGGAAAGCAAAGAUAACUUCGAAAUCUAAAGAGUCUGUUGUGUGAGAUAAAAUGCGAAUUUCGUCAAUUUUCUGUGACAGUACUUAGAUUGAUGCUUCUUAUAACACUGUACAUAAGCGUAGUACUUGAGCAUGAUACAAGUUUUGGUCUGUUAUAGAACUUGUGGACGACUAGGUUCACGUAGCUGGCGACCAUAAAAUCAUAAGACCAUAAGAUCUUUCGUGAUAUCCAGAAUUAUUAAGGACGAGGUAAGUGUUAUCAGCUCAAGCCGAAGGCUGAGUUCUGAUAGCACUUACCAAGACCUGAAUAACUCUGAGUAUCACGAAGCGAGUUGUCAGAUAAUUAUGUUAUAACACACAUUGUUGCAAAAUAAUUUGGAACAUUUAGAAUUUAGAACGUAACUUACAUUCAGUGGUGGGUGAGACCUACUGAGCAAUGAAUGGAAAUUUUCGAUAUUCUUGAUCUUCAGAUAAUGUCUUUAGUACUUUCUUGGCUUCUCCGUGGAUAUUUUUACUAUCUUCCACGUUAAUUGUGCCCGACAUUAUUAACAUUUUGCGUAUUUUAUAGUCGGAAGUGCGAUCUUAACGAAAAAUGUAUAAUUAUAUAUAAUAUUUGUAAGUAUGGCGACCACGCUCAACAGGUGAAAAAAUGUCGCGGUCGUUUCGCAAAAUGUUUCAAACUUACUCGCUUCAUGAUAUAAAAUGGUUGAUCUGUUACGCACGUUAUUAGCGAUAAAUAGCAUUAGUCCGAUUCUCCAGGGAAAUUUCUGCUAAGAGAUGUACCUUAGCCACGUUAAAAACAAGCACCCCCCGCCCAAAAAAAAGGUUUUUGGAAAAACAGACGAAAAAAGGUGUACCAACCUUUCGCGUUUUUUAUUUUGUCAUAUUUUUAUUUUUUGAACUUUCCCAACUUCCCGUUUUUUUUUGUUUUUCUUUUUGUGGCCCAUAGCUAGCUAAGUAUUGUAAAUUGUCGUAUACCAUUACAUUAUCAAAUUCAAGGAGGAUUGUUAUAAAGCACAAGGUUUAUUGAAAAGAAAGCAUGUUAUUGUAAUGAGAACACGAGGAACACUUGAAAAAUCCGCAGAUUAUCGAAAGUCAGCUCUUUCCUAUUUUCCAUACAGUUAUAUCGCCAAAUUAUAUUAUGUUGCGUGACGAAAUAUCACAGUAUUGGGAAAUUCCCAUGCCGAGUGAUUCGUGCAUUCACUUUACGAAGUGAAAUCCGGGGGGGAGGGGGGGUAAGUUGCUCCCAUAUAAAAAGGUCAGCGGUUCUCCUCGUACCUUUUAGGGGUUAAAAAAGGGUGUUCAGGGGGUAUAGCCUCAAAACAUCCACAGCGGAAGCUUUCGCGGUACCUUUUAAAAAAAUAUGACAGAAAAAAAAAAUAUGACAGUAAAUAUUUGACACUCAAAUGACUUUAAUUUUGUCUCAUCUUAUACACCUUGAGUUCACAAUUCAUCAAUAAAAAUUUACACAUUCAGUUUGGAUAACGAGGCUUUUCACUUAAUCGCCUCACAUCUUGUUAACUUGGAUGUGAUAUCCAUUCCUCCUCAGCAACGUAUUGGAAGCAAUUGUAUUUAUUAAAAAUUAUGAAAGUGUC